AUGUAUAUAACUUUUGGAAGAUGUUUGUAUUUCAACGUGCAGUCUUUCAUAGUGCUGCUGCUGCUACCUGCUUUGCUGAUUCCUUUAUGGAUCAAUAAGAUUAAUAGAAUCGAAACAGAAGCCAAGUUGAACUCCAACAAGGUCCAUCAAGGAAUACUAUCAGGGAUUGAGAAUACAGCAAAGUUGUUGUCACCAACAAAUCAUUCACUUGCAUACUUACAAAGAUUUUUAAGCUCAUCUUUGAAGACAACUGAUCCUCCAUUUUCAGCAAUAGAAACUCGGGUGGCUCCUACAUUAUUUUUUGCUUUGUCUACAAUUCCACACCUGUCCCAGAUUUCAUAUAUUGCCUUGGACGGCUUGUUUUUCUCAUAUUACAUCAGAGGGGAUCAACCUUUCGCUGUAUAUUCCAACACUUCAUUUUCCUCCAUUCCCCAUGCUACUGCGACUAAUUAUACUUGGUACAAUCAACCGGUGAGUCGCGACACAGGGAAGCUUUGCGGAGAAGCAACGAGGACUCCUCCACUCUUAGACUUUAAUUCAAGCUGGUUUCUAGAAGUGUUGGAGAGUGGAAAUGGAUAUUCUUCAGUAGGAACUGGCUGGAGUACUGAUCAAGAUCCUCUAUUACUUAUGAGUUUUAGCAUUGAUCAAAGAAGAGCUUUAUCGCUAGGCUUUCCUGUUGAACCAUUUACUGAUUUCUUCUCGAAUGACAUAAAAGUUUAUGGAGGGGCAUUUUAUCUGGCAACAAAUAAUGGAACAGUACUCAGUCAAGGGAUCCCAAAUACUCAAAUCGUGAAAGCCGGUAAUUCAGUUUCAGUUCAGAUAUGGAAACCAAAUGGUGAUCAAAUAGGCAAGGUUGGUGAUGUUGCAUGUCAGUCCAAUGACAGCAACCUGACAGCUUCUGUUUUGGAAAUAUUGGAAAUGAAGUAUCUCUUUUACUGUUCGCCUCUUGAAAUUAUUGGAGUGAAAUUGGUGUAUGUGUUAGCUAUACCAUACGGGGGACUAGUAAGUUUCUUGCACCAGAAUGUCAAAUUUGCACUUGUACUCCUCGUGCUAAUGGUCCUUGCCAUGGCUAUCUCCAUUUUCACAUUCAUUUGCUCCUCUGUUAGAGCUGCAAGGAGAGAAAUGUAUCUUUGUGCUGCACUUAUAAAACAAUUGGAAGCAACUCAACAGGCUGAAAGGAAAAGUAUGAACAAAAGUCUUGCCUUUGCAAGAGCAAGUCAUGAUGUCCGUGCAUCUCUGGCUGCUAUUAUAGGUUCUAUAAGGUUAUGUAGUGUAAAAGUAGCUCAUGGAUCAGAUUUGCAGGAAAAUUUAACCCAAGCUGAAACUAAUGCAGAGGAUCUUUUAGGUAUGUUGAAUUCCAUUCUCGACACAAGUAAGAUCGAAGCCGGGAAGACACAACUUGAAGAAGAAGAAUUUGACUUGCAAGAACUUGUUGAAGAUGUGGUUGAUUUGUAUUAUACCGUUGGUUUGAAGAAAGGUAUAGAUGUGGUAUUGGACCCCUGUGAUGGAUCUGUUGUGAAAUGUUCUCAUGUUAAAGGUGACAGAGGCAAACUUAAACAAAUUUUAUGGAACCUAUUGAGCAAUGCUGUCAAAUUUACUUCUGAAGGACAUGUCUUGACUGAUGGUACCAAAGAGGACUUGGAAGUCGUUAACAGAAUCCAAGAGGAUCCAAGUUGUAUGGAAUUUGUAUUUGAAGUGAGUGAUACUGGAAGAGGAAUUCCCAAGGAAAAGCGAAAUAUGGUCUUUGAAAACUACGUUCAAGUCAAAGAGACAGCACUUGGACAGGAGGGAACUGGUUUGGGGCUUGGCAUUGUUCAAUCUCUGGUUCGGAUUAUGGGCGGAGAGAUUGCAAUCGUGGAAAAGGAUCGAGGUGAAAGGGGUACUUGUUUCAGGUUUAACACCUUCUUUACUCCAUGCGGGUAUGGGACUGAUAGCCAAGAACAUGAUCACGACAUGGAGUCACAUGGUAGUCAGUAUUCAAGUAACUUCCAUCAGCAGCCAGGACUGAAUACUACAAUCCAUAGCCCCAAAAUAGAGGGAUCCCAUGUUGUACUCUUCCUCUCUAGUGAUGAGAGGAGCAAAAUCACAAAGAAAUUCAUGGAAAGCCAAGGGAUAGAUGUGUCUGUUGUGAAGCACUAUGAAUACCUUCCUCAAACUCUCAAAGCGAUCAAACAAAAACUGACGAGUUCGUGUCUGAAGCCUAACAACAAAUCUGAUUUUAAGUCGAGAACUGACCGAUCGAGCAGAGUUAUGUCUAGUAACUCUUGUUCUGGAUUAAAGGACAUGCCUCUUAGUGCAUUUGAUGGAAAGGAUUCUCUACCUGCAUCAGAGAAUAUAAUAAGUACCAAGAAAACACCAAACUUUGUCUUGAUUGUGAUUGACACAAGUGCUGGACCAUUUCGAGAGAUCAGUAGGGCUGUGGCUGAAUUUAGAAGAGACCUUUGCAGCACUUGCAAUAGGAUUGUCUGGAUAGAUGGGCCAGGAGCUGGCAGCAUAAAUGUUCAAGGCCUUGAAGAGGAUAAACUACCUGCAAUGGAUGUAAUCAUCUCCAAGCCACUCCAUGGAUCACGUUUGUAUCAAGUUAUUGGACUUCUUCCGGAGUUCGGGGGUAUAAUGCCAACAGCAAAAAUUAUGGAAAGAAACAACUACGAGAGUAAAACUGUUUCUGUUGAAUCAAGAAGCCUAAGUUAUAGGGAUCAUGCGCAACUUAAAUCAAGACAUCCUUCAUUCCAGAACAAGAAAAUACAGGAAAUUGGUAGCUCAAAGGGUGAAAAACCAUUGCAGGGUAAGAAAGUCUUGGUGGUGGAAGAUAAUAAAGUUCUACAGAAAGUGGCUACAGUACUCGUUUCUGAGCUUGGUGCAGAUACUCACUCGUGCAGAAAUGGUGAAGAAGCUCUAGUAAUUGUUUGCAAGAAUUUGAGGGAUAGACGAGAGAGUGGGGCUCGUCAAGCUCUACCUUUUGAUUAUAUAUUGAUGGACUGUGAGAUGCAAGGCAUGGAUGGAUAUGAAGCUACUAGAUGCAUAAGAGAAGAGGAGAAGCAAUAUGGUGUGCAUACCCCAAUCAUUGCACUAACUGCUCAUACGCAAAAUGAGGAGAAAACCAAGAUGAUUGAAGCUGGAAUGGAUUAUUACUUAUCCAAACCUUUGAGGAAGGAGCAACUUCUGGAUGCUAUGUCUCACAUCCAUGGCAAAUGA